AUGAUGGGGAGGAAGGCCCUGGACUACGAGGAGCUCAACGAGAACGUCAAGAAGGUGCAGUACGCCGUGCGCGGGGAGCUCUACCUCCGCGCCUCCGAGCUCCAGAAGGAGGGCAAGAGGAUCAUCUUCACCAACGUCGGCAACCCGCACGCCCUCGGCCAGAAGCCACUCACCUUCCCCCGCCAGGUGGUGGCGCUCUGCCAGGCUCCCUUCCUGCUCGAUGAUCCCAACGUCGGCCUCAUCUUCCCCGCCGAUGCCAUCGCGAGGGCCAAGCACUACCUCUCCCUCGCGCCCGGCGGUUUAGGUGCUUACAGUGACUCCCGAGGUAUCCCUGGGGUUAGGCAGGAAGUUGCCGAGUUCAUUCAGAGGCGUGAUGGGUAUCCAAGUGAUCCAGAGCUUAUUUACCUCACUGAUGGUGCCAGCAAAGGUGUGAUGCAAAUGCUCAACGCCAUUAUCAGAAACGAGAGGGACGGGAUUUUGGUCCCUGUUCCACAAUACCCGCUUUAUUCUGCUGCUAUUUCCCUCUUUGGUGGUUCUCUUGUCCCGUAUUAUUUGGAAGAAGAGGCUAACUGGGGACUUGAUCUUGUCAGUACCCGGCAAUCAGUUGCAGAAGCACGGUCAAAGGGAAUCACUGUUCGAGCAAUGGUGAUAAUAAACCCAGGAAACCCUACUGGUCAAUGCCUAAGUGAAGCAAAUAUUAGGGAACUUUUGAACUUCUGCUAUCAGGAAAACUUGGUUCUGCUUGCAGAUGAAGUUUAUCAACAGAAUGUUUAUCAAGAUGAGCGUCCGUUUAUAAGUGCAAGAAAGGUUAUGUUUGACAUGGGUCCUCCAGUAAGCAGGGAAGUUCAGCUGAUUUCUUUCCAUACUGUGUCCAAAGGAUAUUGGGGAGAGUGUGGACAACGUGGUGGGUACUUUGAAAUGACAAAUAUUCCUCCCAAGACUGUCGACGAGAUUUACAAGGUUGCAUCAAUCGCGCUGAGUCCAAAUGUUCCUGGGCAGAUCUUUAUGGGGCUUAUGGUGAACCCUCCUAAACCUGGAGACAUCUCGUACCUGAAGUACUCUGCUGAAAGUAAGUCUAUCCUUGAAUCUUUAAGGAGGAGGGCACAAAUAAUGACAGACGGUUUCAAUAGUUGCCGAAAUGUUGUCUGCAAUUUCACAGAAGGAGCUAUGUAUUCUUUCCCGCAAAUACGGCUGCCGCAAAGAGCUAUGGAUGUAGCAAAAAGCGCUGGCAAAGCGCCCGAUGUUUACUACUGCCUCAAGCUUCUGGAAGCCACUGGAAUUUCCACUGUUCCAGGCUCAGGUUUUGGUCAGAAAGAAGGAACCAAUCACCGUUUGUCCUUUUUGUGA